CGACGCUUCAUCGUUACUCUUGAUAACGACGGCUUUUUCUUUUUCUGUCUACUAGUAUAUAGCCUGUGAAAUAGGCCUCACCACGCAGACCAAUCGAAUCGUCUUAGAGCAUUGUACAGCCACUCUUUCUCGUCAGCUUCAUUUCACCUUUUCUGCGGUGCAACCUCAAUCGUUCGCUCCCUGCUCCUCGACGAAUCGAUGGUGCCCGGAGCCUAAUCCUGUCCAAUAGGACUGGGCCAUGUGAAGAGUAUCUUUGAGCCGUCGGAUGCCGCGUAAAAAGGCUGCAGACCGCGUGGGUCCGGUCAAGACCCGAACUCGUGGCGGGUGUAAAGAAUGCCGCGCGAGUCGUGUCCGUUGUGACACAAAGAAGCCCAUCUGCACGCGAUGCGCAGAGAGGGGAUUCCCCUGCUCGACGCAGCUGGUGCUGAAAUGGGAGUCGGAGUUUGUCAGCCGGGGGAUGGCGUUUGGGAGGGCCGGUGUUUGGAGCAAGUCCCGUGCUGCCGGGGAAGCGCAGCCGGCGGCGCCAUCUCCGGCGUCGGUGUUGUCGGAGGUGCAUGAGUGGUGUCCUGUGCCAGUGGUUGAGUCGUGGGGGUUUGUGAACAGUGGUGUUUCGACUUUUGAACAGCCGCAUGAGGUGAAUGUUGCGUGUGAUGAACUCAAUGCUGUGGUUGUCCGUACUCAGGACCAAAGUCGGCUACAUGAUAGUUCAACUGAGGGAGGGAUGAACUGGCUUGCGCCAGUGAGUAUCGCAGAUUAUGGCUUUUCAUUCCAGAGCAUUCCUAGCCCGACGAAUUCCUUGCCACUGUUUCCUCAUAUCUCACAGGCAAACCAGGGAAGGGUUUUCGAAUACUAUCUCCAGCAGGUUUGUCCGCGUACGACUGCCAGCUCGAAACUUUCGUCACCGUUUGCGUCUGUGAUUCUUCCAUUUUGUUUGUCGGCUUCUCCGACACUUUUCAAAGCGAUUCAAGCGUUGGGGGCUUGUCAUUGGUCUCGUUUUGAUUCAAAAUACAGUGCCAUGGCACUUCGAUUCAAGUCUGAGGCUCUGGGCGAUCUUCGUCGCAGACUUGCUACCGAAGGGUCCUUGACGUGCUCGUCGGAUCCUGAGGUAUUGGUGGUUAUGAUGAUGCUUUGUCUGUAUGAAAUCGUCGACAACUGCGACCAACACUGGACUAUCCAUCUCAAAGGAGCCAAGGAGUUGAUUCGACUGCGAAGGCAGCAACAGGUGGAACUUUCCAAACAUCGUGGCUCCCAAGAUCCAGUCUCCGCGUUUACAGAGCUUUUCUUCGCUUUUCAAGAUGUUAUGGGCCGUACAGCCUGCGGCGAGGAAGUCCUGUUCGGGACUGAUUACUGGCAGGAAAAUGAGCAAAGCAUCGACCUUUGGAUGGGAUGCAGUCCGGAAUUAGUCUCGAUUCUAUCUUCGAUCACAGAGUUGAGCCGAUCGAAGCGAAAGCUUACCACGGAUCAAGCUCGAGCAUCUUUUUCAUCGCGAGCAACUUCUCUCAGACGCAAACUUGAGCACCUGGUGCAGGAGAUUGACGAUGAUGACGAGAUUCUUCAUUUGGCUGCGGAGCUGAAACGUCUCGCUGCGGUGCUAUACCUACAUUGUGCAUUAUACGGCGCCUCACCAUCCACACCUGUAGUGGUUGAAUAUGUUCGAAAGAUUCUCCGAAUUGUAUCAGACCUGCUUGAUCGUGGGUCCCUUGUGAGCAUGACAUGGCCUGUCUUCGUGGCCGCAGUGGAACUUGAUCCCGGACACGACGAACUAUGGUCUGAUUCAAAUGAUGAGGAUAUGUAUGGCCGACCACUCGUCCUACGUGCCUUAGCAGCUAUGGCAGAGUCAACCGUCUCGAAUAUCGCUCGUACCCGAGCCGUAAUCGUCAAGGUGUGGCAGGCCAGGGAUAAUGAUAUGCUCAAGGGCUCCCCUGUUGAGACAUCGAAAGAUCCUGCGAGCUGCAACGACUGGGAAUGGUAUGUUGCACCGAUUAGUACGGCAAUGAGUUUGGCAUGAUUUUGUGAUUACGAUUGAUGAUAUUCUUUUUGUUUUAUAUGUGAUUCUGCUUUAUGACUUUUGUAAUAUAUUUAUCCAAAUUGUCUAUAUCAAACAUUCAAUGUGACUCA